AUGUCGCGGUCAGGAAGUUUCGCAGUGUGGAGAAGCUUCCCAGCAUUUCUCAUCGUCCGACUUGGAAGUGGACGCAGGCCCUGUCCGCCAGCGACAAACUCUACCGACGACUAUUUGCAGUGCUUGCAGUACAGCUAUGAGAGGGGCGAGACGGCCUUCGACGAGGUUACGGAGACACCCACUGAGGCUGCGGAUAAUGAGGCAGUGGAGUACUUUGAGGAGCUGUCCCGGCGCAGAGACUUGCUGAAGUACUGGGACGCUGAGGUCAACGUCUUCACCCAAAAGAUGAAGGAAGAGCUGAUGGAUUGGACCGUCGACAGGGCUUUGCUCCCGCGGAUCUUCGUUUUGGGCGAUCUGGAGCCGGCCUGCCAUCUGAUGCAGGAAUCGUCAGGUUUCAGAUAUUCCAUGGAGCAUUGGCUGAACCGAAUGCUCAUGUCCAACGAGGCCACCCUUGUGACGGAGCCGGAGAUGGCCGAUUUUGUCCUGCUGCCACACUGCGCCACGAGCGUCUUCAUGCACAUGGUCGUGCAAGAUGAGUCGGACACAAUUAAGGGGCGUUUUAAGGAGGCAAAUUCCCUGGCAGCUUUCAGAUCCAACUCAUCCAUUUUCAGGCGAAAAGAGGUUUAUGUGAGCUACGAGGGAAACUUGCCCGCCUCAACUGUCUUACGUCUUGAUGAAUCGUACCUCCUGCACAAGGUCUACAACCUGUGGCCGGAGUCGCCUGCCUUUCAACACUGCUGGCAAAGGUCCAGCUGCAAAUUUCUCACGGGCAGCAUCUAUGGUCGCCAUGUAUGGAGACGAUUCGCCGAUGUUUUCGGAGACAAAGUGGUCUUCAUUACACAUGCGGGGAUGUCCGAGUGGCUUCGAAACCAGCCAGAUGAAUAUUUUCUAACAGGAUCCGAAGAGUUUGGACCGUCCGGCGACGGCAACGAGUGCCGCGCUUCGUGCGCAUUGCAUUGCAAGUUGGACCCUCCAGCGGUACUACCCCAGGAUGUAGUUCUUCCUUGGGUUGUCGCGUUUGAAUGGACUGCCAGAGCCACAGCUUUUCGACAGCGUGACAUCUUGGUCUUCUACAGUGGCACCGACAAUUCCUGCUCUCGGAGAAAACUUCGAAAGGCGGACUUCGAUUGGGAGAUCGACUAA